CAAGCACGGUGAGAGGCCGGCAACGCCUAGACGACACCUCAUGCGCCCCAAGACCACGAGGCCUUUCUAAAGAGGGCAGCUGGAAAGAUGAUUCCGAAUAUGUGCCCUCUUUUACACCAUAUAGCAUCUGCAAGUACUCUUCUAAAUGUCUUGGAUCGAAGACUUUGGAAGAGAUUCUUCUUCCAUGCCAUGCCUACCCACGUGGUGGGGGUGAGGGACGGAAGAGGGGGUUCAGUCCGACCCCGCAGGAAGUCGCUGUUCUUUGUGCCGCCACCGUCAUGACAGCUGUAGCGGCGGCAUUCGAACACAUGCGCCGGCGCACCCGUCAACGGGAACGAUCAAGAUCGGUGAUGGCAGAGUUGAAGUGGAUUCUUAUAAGUUUACGGAGCACCCAGGAUCCGGCAAGGUCGACCCAGGGACUACAACUAGUUACCGCUGCUCAUGGUAUCAUGCAACCCUAACCCUCAUGAUACUGGCCCAGGCUUGAAUUCAUAUCUUGUGCAUGUCUCAUCGAAAGACGAAGAUGCAUAUAUAUACUGUAACCAGGGUACCUAUUCGUGUAGCGCCAGCACUUACAUAUAUAGCAGGCAUAACAUCUGAGGCACCGGUUGAGGUUGCACAACACAUAGGAAUUCCAGAUACCGCCUUGGUCCAGACUCGCCCAACUGCCUAGGCGGCCGAAUGGUGGUCUGGGGACCUGAAGCCCAUGCCUGUGGGCUAGUGCAAAAUUUCAGAUGGUUCCUCACCAUGUUGAAAAUGAAGGGAUCAUUGAUAAUUACUGCAUCAGCCGAGCAGGUCGAGACAUGAUUUUCAAGCAGGAGAUAAACCAGUUCUUUCUAGACAUCAAUAUCAUCACAGGUUAGGUAGUACAGGUACGCCCUGCCCCUUCCUUACCUUGAUUACGGAUGAUGAACCCUUCUUUGACGUUGAAUUCCUGGAGCCGCAGAUCGACAUGGAUAGACGGCCCCCAGUGCCGUUUCAGGCGUGGGCACGCUAAAAGCUAUUGAUACCGCUGCUUGGCCGUCUUGCAGCAUGCCCGGUCCAGGUUCCGGGCAGGGCAGGGCAGUACGACACCAGCACACAAAACCCCCAAAAUAUCAUCUGGUGAAGAUCAAGUUCAGCUGCACGCUUAAUGCACCGUUACAUCAGGGCCUUAGUAUACGAUUCCACGCUGCCUUCGUAUUGAUGAAGUCUUUUAUCAAGGGAAGCCAGCCAACCAGGUGCUUGCUUGGCCGACGAAACAGCCGAUGGAUGCCCAAGUCACGAACGUGGAGACUGGAGGGGACUACUGCAGCGGGAAGAUGGGCCCGUUCUCGACCCUGAAACAUUGAGCCAUCUCCAGCCAGCUUCACCUCGAGAUCUUCAGCAGACAGAAAUGGGGGUGGACCGGCCAGGACAUAACAAGAUAAAGACAUGGAAAAAAGAGUGUGACGAGAGAGUAAGCUUCCCUCCCUUCUGCAAUUGCUUGCCUGCUUCGUUGGCCAGCUCGCAAAGGAGUAGUAACACACAAGUCCGGACUUUUGAGGCGCGGGCAUUGGAUUUCCAUUCUCUCAAGACGCAGUUCAGGUGCAUCCACUGCUGAGCGGCUGUCUCCCAGUUUAGGAAGUAAUUCCCUUGCAUCACUGGCGCAGCAAGGUUUCCCACACGUCCAGUUCAUCCCAGGCCGCACCACACACCACGGGUCCACGAACCACCACAACUUUGUCUCAUUUUUCCCAUUGAACAUAAAACUUGUCCUCUCUCACACCACUCUCCCCGAACCCGGCUGCCCGACCCGUCACCUCUGGGCUCGAUCGAGCCAUAUGCCCACCCACGAAGCCCAUACGAAAGGGUCCAGUCGGCAGCUCCACAAUACAUUGUUGGGCUGCCAGAGCAUCGACGACGAGCACAUGCCCGCCUUCCGUUCCGGUCGUGGAAGCCAGCUUGCCAGUACGACCGGCAAUUUCCUGCCCACACGCAGCAGCAACAACGACUGGACAACGUGAACGAGUACAAGCUCAAUGAUGGAGAACGAACCCCCCGCCAUUUCUGUGCAGGAUGAUGGCAAGGGAUCAAAAAGGGGUCGAAUCAUGGGGAAGCUCUUUGGACGCGACCGAGAUCGAGACCGAAAGGGGUCACAGGGUGCCGCUGAUUCUCGUGACUUAAACGACUUCUUCCAUGGUCCUGGCGACACAUUACAGGUCACCCAUGCGGCACCUCCCAUGCUCGCGAAACUCGACACCAAGAGCAUUUCGCGAUACCCCAAUGCGCUUCAGGUUCAGGGGACCGGAAGCAACAACUCGCAACAAUCCCUUUCCAUACGAUCCCAAAAUGGUAGUCCCAAGAAAAUCAAACCUAACAGAAGGGGAUUGGUUCUUAGAUUUGCAGAAACACCCCCUGAGGUUAUGGGCGAGGGUGGUGACAUCUGCGAAGUACCCACCAUCGAGAUCUCGAAACGUCGCAGAGCAAGGCCGCCACCUUCUCCGAUUCCUCCUCGUCAUACCGAUCUCGGUAACAGUCCAAGAUUGCCGAUCCGAGAAGCCCAACCAAGCCCGGGGACGUUUGAACCAGCACCUCUCCGACGCACCCAGACAGGUUUCUCUACGACCUCGGAUUCCCCCGACUCAGAUAUGUCUGCUUCGAGAAACCCAUCCGCUCGGCUCCUGACAAAUCCUACGAUGGAUCAUGACGAGAGGCGGAGGUCAUUCAUAGAAAUUCAGCAGGCUGAAAUGCGGGAAGCCGAAGGACAGGCGUUUGUCAAGGCGGUUAGAGCUGCUUCUGGUGACAAGUCCAAGUGGGACGAAGCAGAGGCUGCACCACCUACACCACCAGAGCCAGAGCCCGGAUCGGCCAUGACUGCGUCACCAGAGCCCAUUCAAACACCCCGAUUCCCACCACAGCCGUCGCCAAACCCUCCAACCUCAGCACCACCGCCAAUUCCAGCCAAAAGACAACGACCUCAUCCAUCUCCUAUUCCGCCACCACCGCCAGAGCAUGCCCCACCGCCAUACACACCGUCAAUGCCACAAACAAACUCGCCAGAGAGACUAAAACAUGCAGCAAGACAACAUGCGCAUAGUCCUGUGUCCGCAGUCUCGGCAAUCUCAGCAGCCUCGAGCUUCCAUCAUCCAUUUGCAGCGAGGCAAGGAAGCAAAUUGGGUGAUCACGCGUUGCCAGUCACUCCUCUAAUGGGGGGCUCCAGCUUCCAAGAUGUUGUGUCAGCAGCAGCCGACGAUGCCAUGAACACGUUUGUGGAGCGCACCCGUCACCUCUUUGAACUGUUCCGGUUACACGCAGAAAGUGUACGGCCAUUGCUCGCCUGUACGCCGAAUGAACUCGCCAGGGCGUCUCUUUGGUGGUUUUUGACUGGUAGAAUGGCCCUUGAAAAUGCCAUUCGAGACCGACCCUCGACCCCGGAAUCUCAGAUGAAGAAUGAAAUUUGUAAACAACAGGCUUAUACCGACUUGGCGAAGGGAUACUGGUUGUUGGAGGAAAUCAUGCCUGAGAUUGUCAACAGCGGGCGUAGUCCAGUUGACAGGGAAGCAGAGGACGUGCGUGCCACUCUUGCGUCGAGCCUUCGGAAGCUGUCGGUGUCAAUGAAGCGAAAUGGUUUCCUGCCGCCAGAAGAGCCCUUUCUACCACAAACCCUCGAUCGAACCAUUUGGUUGGAAUAUCCUCAGUUGCCAGGCGAUCUCAAGUCCAUGCUUUGGGGGUCAUCCAGCUUGGCUCUCUCACAAAAUCAGCUGGCCAGCUCUGGCAUGAGCAUACUUGAAACGCUACCACUGGCCGACUCACCCUCUGCAUUCUGCUUUGGCCGGUUCCAAGUCAGUCUCUUCUUGAUGGAGAAAGGACGAGAAGCGCAGCGCAUUCAUCUGCCAUGUUUCAUAUCGAUUGUCAGACCCCAAUCGCAGCCUGAUAUUCUGUUUGUGGCUGCAAGCCAGAAUGGAGCUGUUCAGCUACGGAUCUCUGGCAACAAGAGCACCGGACCGGUAUGGGAAGAUGUUCGUUGGCGUUCAGACAGCUGCACUUUGGAAGUCGCCAUGCCACGAGGCUUUAUUGUUAUGAUACAGUGCUCUCAACCAGCCUUCCAGACCCUGCGAAGCAUGUACGAGUUCAGUAACAAAGUACAUUCCACCCUGUACCCGAAGCAAGACGAAGCUUGCGUCUUCAGAUCAACCCUUCGGUCUUUUCAGUACUUCGAUAACGACCCGCAGGCCAGACAGUUUCCGAAAGAGCCGGCUCCGAACUGCGAGAUUGCCAUGUUUGAGAGGUUGCAUAAAGAAGGCGCCGCAACCGGUCCUCGCACAUAUCACAGAGGUUUCCGGAUAGCAGUCAUCACAGGUCCAAGGACGAAGACUCUCAGUGGCGUCAACCAGCUGUACAGCCCUGAGGCGCCUAUUCGGUUUGGAUUCUUACGCAGCGACAACAACGAGCCCUCGCUUUCCCUGCGUUUCGAGAAUGGUCGUUUUAAAGGGAGCAUGGUCAUGUCUUUUGCUGACGAAAAGGAAAGAGUCCGGAUGCACACACUACUCAUUGGGACUGCACUGCAUCGGGAGGAGUCGAUAUUCUUCGAGUCUCCGCUGAAGGGAGCUUGGAUCUCGGAGAGGUUUGGCGAUUCUCAAGAUGGAGGACUAACGGCACUUUCCAACCUCAACUGGAACAAAGUCAGGGUCAUCAACCAGGACACAGACGGUGACCGGGCUGCGCACUGUGUGUUGUCUGAUAAGCUGCGGGUCAUCUUUGAGUUCAAGGACGGAACGAUGACUGAUCGGAUUAACGUCGCACCAGGGGAGCUUAAGAUGCGUCUUGACGUACAGAAUCCGAGCUGUAUGAUGGUCUUCCGUCAACCGCAGGCGGACAUUACGCUCGCCGUGACAGAGGCGAAUGUCUCCUCUGAAUCGGCCCAACGGCUGGCCAGGGCUCUGGAUACCAUCAAGCAAAGGCCAACCAUCAGAACCAUCAUGUUUCCAAAGAUGGAAGACCUGCACACCUUUGAGAUGGCUAUCACUGGGUUCAAGGUGCUUUUUGAUGGGAUUGCGGCAACAUUUGCCAUCUCGCGCAGACGAAUGGUGGUGCCUAUCCACAAGAAGUGGGAGGCCAGUGCUACUCGGAUCCAGGUGGUGCAGCAAGAAGGAAUCACGCAGAUUCUUGCCUUCUUUUCGGAUUUUUCUCAUGGACAAUGCAUGGGCUUCAGCUUGAAGGGAACAGAUGUGUUUGAAUCUUUUGGAAAGCAGGGGAAGGCGGGGCUCAAGAUUGUGGAUGCCAAGUUCCCGCUGCCGAAGGUGCUGCAGGCUGGGAUGGAUGGAGCGCAGGACGCGGCGGAUGCAGCGUUUUUGUGUUUGGACUUACCUGAGCUGCCCGGGGAGCAUGAUGAUAUUUCGAUCGUGUUUGAGGAUGAGGCUGAACGUGAUAAACUUGCUGCAUGCUUGCCUGCACCAGUCAAGGGUGGCUCCAGGCUGAUCCCAAAGAUGAAGGGGUCGAAGGAGUAAGUGGAAUUCAUGAUGGUGGGGCGUUCAAAGAUCGAAACAAGAAGGGGUUCCAGAGGUUGUUCAUCAGGUCACACGAGAUAUAUCCUCUAAAUCUUAUUAGUUAAUGUUGCUAGCACGGAUGGGACCGACAGGACAGGGCAAGAUACAUGAGUCUCUUGGUUGGAAUGAAAGCAGUAUUUUUGGGUGCAUUAUGGGGGAAACAGAGCAAGACGGUCAUCAUCAUACAGCGCGUUACAGUCAUGUGUAUGGUAGUCUUAAAACAUGCAAUUCUUUUGGAACCU